AUGGGAACUGCUAAAGUCACCACAAAGCCAUUGAUACGCCGCUGUCUCUCUAACCGUCCUGGGGACCGACCGUCAGCCGAGCAAGCGCACGAAGAGAUCAAACGUUUCUUGGCCAUGUUCAACAGUAUUUUGCCGAGUCAGCCUAGCACUGCUGGUACAGCGGUUACCAGGCAACUAGAGUCGAUUUCACAGCAGCUAAGCCAGCAAGCUACAUGCAUUGCUGACAUCACCGCACGCAGCUCUGCAGUAGAGGACCAACUCAGCAGCAUAACACAGCGUCUUGUCGACACUCAGCUGGAAACCAACGCUAUCCGUGGCCAACUGCAGACUACGAGCCAGCAAGUGACUGGGAUCCGUGACCGACUGGAGACUACGAACCAACAAGUGACUGGGAUCCGUGACCGACUGGAGACUACGACCGAACAAGUCACCAGCCUGCAAGGACAUGUAGCCGUAGUUGCCAGUCAACAGACAGACCUACGUGCAUCCAUCAGUGAGCAGCUAGAUGAGACCAACAGACGGGUGAAUGAUCAGCUAUCACAACUUCGCUCCACAGUACAGGUUGGUGACAGGUCUAGACAACACUCUGCUGCACCCGCCGCACGUUCCUUGACUCUCACACCGGACAAGAUUCGGCGCAUCACACGGGAGAGAAAGGUUGGUGACAGGUCUAGACAACACUCUGCUGCACCCGCCGCACGUUCCUUGACUCUCACACCGGACAAGAUUCGGCGCAUCACACGGGAGAGAAAGUGGAUCAAAGCAGAAUCCACUCGUGGUUGUUCCCCAAAACUCAUCAUCCACAACAACACUCUCGUUGCUGUCUGUGAAGAUGAUUAUGCCAUUACAAGCAUCCAGCAGACUACAGACGUACGUCACUGGACUGACCUUCCUCUUCCACGUCGUGGUGGUCCAUUUCAAUACCCAUCCCUAGCUAGCAAUGGUCAGGUUUUGUACAUGUAUUGUCAUGACAACCAAGAUCAAGCUGUUCUACUGCAGUACAAUCAGCAUGAUAGGCAGUGGGUGGAAGUAGCAAAGGUGCCGCCGGCGCAUGGCCAGCACCUUGGCUGUGUUGUACAUGCUACUGACACUAGUGUUAGUCUUCUAGGUGGCUUCACCAGUAGAUCAGGUAUGAGCGACUGUGUUUGUGUUAGCUGUUACACACUGCUUGACAAGCAGUGGAAAUCCUCUGCUCUCCCCUCACAUUCACUACCUGCUCUUCCAUGUGACUGUGCACUUGCCUCACUUGUCGCCUGUCACGGUUCACCGUACAUCAUUGGUGGUAACACUGGGUGUUUCCUCCAGUACACUGAUGAUGGUCACUGGCAAGAGGCUGUAAAACCAGAUGGUGUAGACCUGGAGUUCAGCCGGGCAUGUUCACUGUCUGAUGAUAGUCUAGUCAUUGCCGGUGAGGGUUCAGACUCAGAGUAUAUUAUGUGUACUGUGUACAAUGUACGUACACAUUGUGUCUAUGAGUUGCCCAGUGUACAUAGUGCAGGGUAUGGUGCAUCAUCACUAGCACUACUCAAUGGAGUAGUGGUGCUCAGUACAAGAGAGGGCCUCCUCUACACCCUGGAUAUGAAGAUUUGAGCAGGAUAUAGGCGGCACAGAACUACUGCCUUACCAUAUUCAAAUUCUGUACUUGAUAUUUUUAAUUAACUGAUGUUUGUAUGAUGUAACUUGGUGUUUUCUUCCAGAUUUUCUCUACUUUUCUCUGUAGCCCAUGUACUGUAUACUAUAGUAAUAUGCUAGAGUAACUCCAUCCUUACAUUACCUGUACAUAUCAAUACCUACAUUGACAAUGCACACGCAGAAUUCGGUUUCCUUGCCUCUGAUCAUGAUCAUGCUGUUCACAAAUCCUAUUUUACCAUUUCUCUAUUGUUUGUUAGACAGUCAUGUACCUACCUGUACAUGUAACGGACUGCAUCACCUUGUGCCUUGCUACCAUGCUACAAUGCUAUGCCUAGACUUGAUGACAUCAUUGCUUUUGAUAUGUAGGUCUGGAUGACCUCAUUGCUUUUGAUAUCUAGGUAUAUUACUCUAUGAUCUAGGUCUGGAUGACCUCAUUGUGCAUUGAACCCAGGUUUGAAUGAUGUCAUUGGACUUUAAUCUUCCUCAUGCAAUUGUGUACGCACCCUGAUAUUUUUCCUUUCAAAGUCGACUUGGUUUCUCUCACUUUCAA